AUGCCGCCAUGGUCAAUCUCGAACCAGUGCCUGUCUCGAACAGAGCAACUGGCAGGCUUGGUGCGGGACGAGUUCUUCCAUGGGUUGAACGCAGGAGAGGAUGCACAACAUGAGAGGCUGAGGAGGCACGGCAAGGCACAGGUGGCGGAGAGACAGGAGGAGGACUGCAGGACUGCAGGACUGCAGGAGAGGAGGAGGAAGAAGAAGACCGACGGAGAUAAAGGUCAUGGGAAAUGGGACCUCAAACGCUCUGUUGGUGCACUAAACCAAAUCUGUCGACUUUGCGACAUGGUACCUGCGUUAAAGGCCGCGCUUCCGUUCGCUAUUGCUCCACAAGCCUCUCCUCCUCCCAGUCUCUGGGCAUUUUGGGCAAGACCCCUCGGACGGUGGACGCUUGCUCGAAACCGCCUGUCUUCGUCUCCCCUUCCAUUGCCCAUGUCUGCACAGACUCUCCCUCACUCAAGGGUCACACGCUUCAACGCUUACCUUCUGCGUCUUGACCACGCCACACACAUUCCUCCUUCGAGCUUCACGAAGCACUUCCAUGGCCUCAAGAGUAAGACUCGACGUUUUCGACCGAGACAUUCUGAUCGUGCGAAUUAUCCACGACGUCCGCUCCUUCUAGACUCGAACUUUGAAUACACACAAUACUCACUCGCUCGCUCACUCACUCAAUCACUCGCAUUGCGCACUGUAACUCCCUUCGCCCAUUUCGACGUCCUGAGACUCAGCCUUGCAGCCCACGGCGGCCGAUCAAACGCGGAUAUUCUCCCACGACCAGAAAACCGUCACCGCCUAACUUCAAGUGCUUGCUUGACAACAGUACUGACUACUCCGUACUUUACCCCCAUUCCCCGGGUCUGUCAAUUCCCACUACGGUCGACCAGCCGACUUGGCUUUUGCUCGCUGUCGUCACGUCGCCACGAAUCUUCACCAAGUCUUGAUCCACCCUCAAACGCCCGGUCGCUCGACCAUGCCAGCUUGACAAUCGCGCGGUCCGAACUCUUGCGUCGCACAUUCAGCCCUUUCUUCCUACCCUGGGACCCACAUUCCGUUCUCCCUCUCGUUCAACAACCGAAUCUUCUUCCUCUACUCCUUCGGCUUCGUCCCGUCUCAAGUAUCGAUCUUUCUCUCCUGGUCAUCAUCAAGAGAAACACUGUCGAUUACUUCGCGGGCGAGUAA